UCCCCUUCUCGCGUGCGCACCUGUCCCCCUUCUCCCUUCCCUGCCACGCGCGCGCCGAGCGUCUCGUCUCUCGCUUCGCUUCGAUCCUUUGCUUCCCCCUCCGGGCUCCGGCCAUGGCAACGGCGGCGCAGGUGGUUGGGGCCGACGGUGAGAUGGACGUCGCGGCGAUGGAGCGGUUCACGGCGGCGGCGGGGCUCGCGCGGCUCGGCCUCUCCUACGCCGUCGUCUCCAUCUUCGGUCCCCAGGGCAGCGGGAAAAGCACCCUGCUCAACCGUCUCUUCGGGACAAGCUUCAGGGAGAUGGAUGCCUUGAAAGGAAGGAAUCAGACCACCAAGGGAAUUUGGGUCGCCAAGGCUGUUGGCGUUGAACCUUUCACUGUUGUGAUGGAUUUAGAGGGCACGGACGGGAGGGAAAGAGGGGAGGAUGAUACAGCCUUUGAGAAGCAGAGUGCCCUUUUUGCUCUUGCAGUUUCAGAUAUUGUAAUGAUAAAUUUGUGGUGCCAUGACAUAGGCCGAGAACAGGCUGCUAACAGGCCUCUGUUGAAAACAAUAUUUGAGGUUUUGAUGCGUUUAUUCAGCCCUCGCAAAACUACACUGCUACUUGUGAUUCGCGAUAAAACAAAGACUCCCGUAGAGUAUCUUGCCCAAGCUCUAAAGGAGGAUAUUCAGAAGAUAUGGGAUUCUGUUCGCAAACCAGAAAUCUUCAAGGAAGCUGCACUAAGCGAAUUCUUCAAUGUGGAGGUCACCGCUUUGUCAAGUUAUGAAGAGAAAGAAGAACAAUUUAAGGAACAGGUUGGGAGACUCAGGCAUAGGUUUAUUAAUUCAAUCGAUCCAGGCGGUUUAGCAGCUGACAGAAGAGGUGUGAUACCUGCUUCAGGUUUCUGUAUUAGUGCACUGCAGAUCUGGAAAGUAAUACGGGAAAAUAAGGAUCUUAACCUUCCUGCUCACAAGGUCAUGGUUGCUACUGUUCGGUGUGAAGAGAUUGCAGAUGAAAAACUUGAACAUUUUAUUUCCGAUAAGGGUUGGUUGGAGCUAGAGGCAGCUGUAAUUUCUGGUCCAGUACCAGGAUUUGGAUUGAAACUCAGUGCUAUUGUUGAUUUUCAUCUAUCAGAGUAUGACACGGAAGCCAUGUACUUCGACGAAUGUGUGAGAACUGCUAAGCGGCAACAGUUAGAAUCUGAAAUUUUAAACCACGCAUACCCUGCGUUUGAGACAGUGAUAGAACACCUGCAUUGCACAAUCCUCAGAAAAUUCAAAAGUGACCUAGCACAAUCAUUAAGGAGUGGUGAGAGAUUUGCAGCAUCAGUUCGUCACUGUGCCCAGUCUUCAGUAGUAGAGUUUGAGGCUGGAUGGAGAGAUGCAGUAGUUAAACAUGUGGACUGGGAUGUUACGAAUGUUAGGAACAAACUGCAGCAGAAUGUAGAAGCUCAUACAGAAUCUGUUCGGCGUGCAAAGUUGGCUGAACUAAAAGCUACUUAUGAGAAGAAGCUGUCUGAUGCACUUUCUGGACCUGUACAAUCAAUUCUGGAAACUGGCAAGAGAGACUCUUGGGCAUCUAUUAGGAGAGUAUAUAGGCGUGAGACUGAAAAUACUAUAUUGGCAUUUUCGAAUCACCUUUCUGAGUAUGAACUAGACCAGACAACUUCUGAUGAAAUGGUCAUAGAAUUAAGGGGACACGCAAGGAGCACAGUAGAAAAGAAAGCGAGAGAAGAAGCUGGAAACAUUCUUAUGCGUAUGAAAGAAAGGUUUUCCACUGUGUUGAGCCGUGAUAAGGAUUCGAUGCCAAGGACAUGGACAGCAAAUGAAGAUAUACGCACAAUUACCAGAGAAGCACGCUCAGCGGCUUUAAGGCUUAUGUCUGUAAUGGCUGCCCUACGGUUGGAGGAUAAACCAGAUAAAAUAGACCAUGCUCUGAUGACUUCUCUUUUAGAUGGACGACCACUGUCGCAGAAAAGGAGCAUUGAGUUUACUUCUGAUCUACUUGCUUCAAGCACGUGGGAAGAGGUGUCACCAAAGGAUACAUUAAUCACACCAUUGCAGUGUAAAUCCAUUUGGAGACAGUUUAAAGCAGAGACAGAGUAUGCUGUUGCACAAGCAAUGUCCAUGCAGGAAGCACACAGACGCAGCAAUAAUUGGUUGCCGCCUGCAUGGACCGUUCUGCUUCUCGCUGUACUAGGGUUCAACGAAUUUAUAUUUCUUCUUAGGAACCCUCUGUAUAUUCUGGGGCUCUUUCUCGGCUUUGUGCUAUCUUAUGCUGUAUGGCUGCAAUAUGACAUUACCUCUUACUUCCGCCAUGGCAUGUUAUCUGCCCUUCUCACAGCGUCAGCAAGUCUUCUUCCGACAAUCAUGGAAAUCAUAACUGCGAUUGUCAAUAUGAGCCACAACAAGAAGCAAUCUUCACACCCAUCUCGUCGGCCCCCGCCGCUCCACGCUCAAAGCUUCAGGAACAAUACGUGUCAAGACGCUCAAGUGCACUAUCAUGCUUCUCCUGACUCACCCUCCUCGGUGGACUCGAACAGUGGCGAGAAAUCUUCAAGCAACUGACAAACAUAUUACUGGAAGAAGCACUUCAGUCUUCAGGUAUACUUCGUUGCUUCUGUAGCUUGAUGUGUAAAUUGAGUAUCCACUGCAGGAUCAGUUGUAAAGUUCGCAAUACUUCAGUCUUCAGGUAGACUUCGUUGCUUCUCUGUAGCUUGAUGUAAAUCGACUGUAGUAGGAUCAGUUGCAAAGUUCGAAGUUCACAAUAUGCAAAGUUCGCUAUAGCAGAUAUAUUUGCAUGAUGUAAAUCGACCGUAGGAUCAGUUGCAAAGUUUGCAAUAGCAGAUUACUUUGUGGUAGUAUAUAUCAACUGUAACGUUGGUGAUGGAUGUUCUGUGUAAACUGGAACUGUACAUUACACGGCAGGACACCCUUUAAUGUUUUCCAUAAAAGACUGGGAUUGAGUAAAAAAGAAAGGUAGGAGCUA